AAAUUAUUCCAAUCCUAUUCACCAACUAGAUAUAACCCCCAGGCCACCCACCCCACCCAUGGCUGCUGCCCAAUUUUCUUCUGGCAUUUCUUCCUUCACAAAUCACUCUCCAGCAAUCGCUUUUGAUUCUUCACUUACAUCCGCCAGUUCCAUCUCCUUUUCUAACAACCUCAACCCAACUCUUCUUGCAAUCAGAUCGUUGGAGACUAGAAGACAUCACAAGUCCUCUACAGUUUGUUCAGCAGUAACAAUAGACAACAAUUCCGAACCCAUGGAACUUGAUACCACUCUGAGCCCUAGAGUCAACUCCGUAAAGCCUUCAAAAACAGUGGCUAUAACCGACCAAGCAACCGCACUUGUAGAAGCUGGUGUUCCCGUCAUCCGUUUAGCUGCUGGAGAACCUGAUUUCGACACCCCGGCUGUUAUUGCUGAGGCUGGUAUAAACGCAAUCCGUGAAGGUUACACACGGUAUACUCCUAAUGCGGGUACCCUGGAACUACGGACCGCAAUAUGUAAGAAACUCAAGGAGGAGAAUGAUCUUUCGUACACACCCGACCAGAUUGUCGUUAGUAACGGGGCAAAGCAGAGUAUACUACAAGCAGUCCUUGCUGUUUGUUCACCAGGAGACGAGGUUAUAAUUCCAGCUCCGUUUUGGGUGAGUUACCCUGAAAUGGCGAGAUUGGCUGACGCUACACCUGUGAUUCUUCCUGCAAGCAUCUCCGAAAACUUCCUGCUCGACCCGAAGCUUCUUGAAUCCAAGAUUACCGAGAAGUCAAGACUGCUAAUUCUUUGUUCUCCAUCUAACCCAACAGGGUCGGUUUAUCCUAAGAAAUUGCUCGAAGAGAUUGCUCGCGUCGUUGCAAAGCAUCCAAGACUCUUGGUGCUUUCUGAUGAAAUAUACGAGCACAUAAUAUAUGCGCCAGCUGUCCACACGAGCUUUGCAUCUUUGCCUGGAAUGUGGGAACGGACGCUAACAGUCAACGGGUUCUCUAAGGCUUUUGCAAUGACUGGUUGGAGACUCGGAUAUAUUGCCGGUCCUAAACACUUUGUGGCCGCGUGUAAUAAAAUCCAAAGUCAGUCAACUUCAGGUGCAAGUAGUAUAGCUCAAAAAGCUGCGGUUGCGGCUUUAGGAAUGGGUCACGCAGGUGGAGAAGCCGUCGCUCAUAUGGUCACAGCAUUCCGUGAAAGACGAGAUUUUUUGGUCUCGGCGUUUGGUGAAUUAGAAGGUGUCAAAAUGUCUGAACCUCAGGGUGCUUUUUACCUCUUUCUCGAUUUCAGCUAUUACUACGGAACCGAGGUUGAGGGCUUUGGUUUGAUAAAGGAUUCCGAGUCUCUGUGUCGGUAUUUUCUGGAACAGGGUCAGGUUGCCCUUGUCCCGGGAGAUGCGUUUGGGGAUGACACCUGCAUCCGGAUCUCUUAUGCAGCAUCGCUCUCGACCCUACAGGCGGCUGCUGAGAGAAUCAAGAAAGCUAUCCUCACACUCAAGUCUCCGGCAUCUGUCUGAUCGUCUUCAUAUACUCCCAGACCGAGUUAAUAUUUCAAGCUAUAUAUUAAGGUUACGGGAAAGUUGUCUUUUUGCAUAUGCAAGUGAUUGUGUGCUUUGCAUGUAAUGAGGUUUGUAUUUUUCUUUGAUAAUAGAAACUUUAGAUUGUUAUGUUUGAACGUAAAAUGUAUAUUGAUGACACACACACGCGUGUACACCCACCACGCGCGCCCAGACACACUUAUGUUAUCCUUGUAAAUAUUAAUGAUUGUAUCAUUACCGGCAAAACUCUAGCAUUAGUGACUGACUUGAUA